AUGAAGCCUUUCCGUCUAUGGAAAGAAAAACAUGGCCGAUGUUUUACUUUUUGGAUGGCCGAUCGACCUGCUAUAGUGAUAGCAGACUAUGAACUGAUGAAGGAAACCUUGGUCAAAGAUGGUGCUGCCUAUACAGGGCGUCAGGAUGUACCACUUUCGAAGAUGGAGGAGAUUACGGAGUGGUUGAAACAAGUGGUGAGUUAUGGCAACAGCACACGUCGGUUUGCAUUGCAUGUGUUCAGGAAUUUUGGCAUGGGAAAGGAUGUCAUGCAGGAGCGGGUUCUCGAUGAGGUGAAGGACUUCUUGAGGAAAUGUCAGCAGAAUCCGGGAGAACCUCUGGAUCUCAGGGAUUACAUCGACAGUGCUGUAGGCUCCAUCAUCAAUAGCCUACUAUUCGGAUUCAGGUUUGAUGAAAGCAAUAUGGAUCUGUUUAAUCAUCUGAAGGCUGUGAUCGUUCGCAUUAUGAAAAUGAGUGCUCGUCCGUCAUUUUUAUUAUUUAUGCUGUUCCCCGGUUUGAAAAGGCUUCCGUUCUUCAAGGCAUACAGUAAAGAAGUCAGGGAAAAACAGGCAACAUUUUGUUUGAUAUGUUCGAGCAGCAAAAUCGAAAUCCAUAAGAAAGAAAUUGAUUUCGAUAGCGUGGAGAGCACUGACUACGUUGAAGCUUAUCUGAAAGAACAGAAAAGUCGCGAAAAUGAGCCCAAUCAUGGAGGAUUCAGCCGCUCAACUGCGCAUAUUGUGUUUCGAUUGCUGUGGAUGGCUGGAUAUGGAAACGCGUUUCGCCUUUCUCUGAGGGGUACUGUUGUGUACUUGCUGAAUGAAGUGCAGAAGCACGAUACACCCGAACGAAAUGGACUACUGAUAAGUUUGGUUCUGGAGGACGUUUUAAUCACGAAUGCUGAUCGCGCCAGUCUGCCCUACAUGAAUGCAGUAAUCAACAUUGAGGGCUAUAGAAUCCCCGCUGGUACUCUUGUACUACCGCAGAUCUCCACAAUCAUCCGUACGACUUCGAUCCGCGUCGACAUCUAUCUGAGAACGGAACUUUUGUACGAAUUGACGAAGUGGUUCCAUUUUCAAUGGGAAAAAGACAAUGUUUGGGUGAAAGCAUUGCACGAAUGGAGCUGUUCCUGUUUCCUUGCCAACUUUUUCAAUAAAUUCGAGGUUACCACCUAUGGCAACCAGCGUCCAUCAACGGUGAAGAAAUUCGGCGCCACAGUACGAGCACAGGACUUUUCCGUGGUUCUCAAGGAAAGGCAUUAG